AUGCGAGAUCGAAGGAUUCAACGCGCCAGGGGCCGUCGAGGCCGCGGUUGGCCUGCACCCUCUAACUCGUUCAAUGAAGUUCACCUAACUGUUCAGAUUGAUAAGGAGAUCAAGGAAUACGUUACCAAGGCAGAUAAUUCCGGCACACCCGGAACUUGGAAUGCUAAGCCAGAAAUACCGUCACCGGAGGAGAUCCUGGGGCUUGAUGGUGAUGACGUGAUCUCACUUGGUGUGAACCAGGUUUACGGCCCUUGGCCAUCAAAGGAGAACUAUCUCAAGACUCAUUAUGAGCUACUCCGUGAGGAUGCGAUUGCCCCACUACGAGAUGCUGUUGCAUAUUCUCGUCAUGAUCCAAAGAUGUCCGACUCGUCUCAAUGUUGUGUCUACGAAAAGGUUCAUAUCGUUGGGCUAACUUUUGCGCAAGCUGGGGUUGCAACUAGGAUACAAUUUUCAACUUUCAGGGCAGGAAAAAAAAUCGUGUGGGAAUACUCAAAGCGUCUAAUGACAGGAAAUGUUGUGGCGUUAUCUCCGGCAAGUGACUCGUUCCAGAGCAAAUGCAUUGUAGCCACAGUCGCUGCGAGGCCAUUAGAGGGCUUGAAGGCAUCACCACCUGAGAUCGAUUUAUUUUUUGCACGCCCUGAAGACGCAGAGUUUGAUUACCAACAGGAAUGGGUUAUGGUUGAAGGCCGAGUUGGGUAUUUUGAAGCUUCUAGACAUACUCUGAGUGCCCUACAGAAGCUGUCAGACGAGAGUUUCCCACUCUCGGAAUACAUCUGUGACCUUAACACUGCAAUCGGAGCUCCUCGAUAUCUGAAUGAGAAUCCAGUGGUGAAGAUGUCCAGCGUGUUACCUUCUAAUGAUGGAAGCCCACAAAAGGUUGAUACCAGCAUCGUGUGGCCUGCCCACCCCGACUCCUUGGAUUCUUCUCAAUGGAAUGCUCUUCAACAAAUACUGACCAAGAAAUUAUCAAUUGUUCAAGGGCCCCCAGGUACUGGAAAAACGCAUGUCUCCGUUGAGGCGGUAAAAGUGAUGCUAGAAAACACGUAUCAGGGCGAUCCUCCCAUAAUAAUUGCCGCACAAACUAACCAUGCUCUGGACCAGCUGCUUCGUCAUAUAUCAAAAUUUGAACAAAGUUACGUUCGACUUGGUGGGAGAAGCACAGAUUCUGAAAUCAGGACACGCACCGUCUUCGAGCUGCGGAAAAAGAAUAACUUGCCGCCCAUUAUUGGAGGAUGCCUAGCACCCGCUAGAAAAGAGCUACGCGACCUUACCGAUCAAAUUAUUGAGCUGCUUUCUCCAUUCCGAACAGAAAACUCCCACUCACCUCUACAACCAUCAUUGUUUUUAAAUUUAGGACUUAUCUCAAUAGCUCAGCACGACUCACUCAUUAAAGGGGCAGCAGGAUGGGUACGAGCUGGUGAUCAGACCGAUCCAAUGUCAGUUUGGCUGGGAGAUGCUUUAACAAAGUUCGAACUGAUAUACAGGCAAGAAAAUUUCGGAUUUGUUGAAGAAGAGAUUGAUCUUGAGUAUGAGCAGCUGAAGGAACUUGAGGCAGAACAUGGCCUAGAUGACGAUGACUACGAGAUCCUGAAAGGUCAAUUCCUUGGUUUGAGAGAGCUAUUCACGACUCGGGGACACCGUACCUACACCGGAAAAUCUAUCGACGAUGCGUGUUUAAAGUAUGAUGAUAUGUGGAAGAUUCCCGGUACCGCGCGCGCUGCAACUUAUUCACUGCUUCAAAAACGGGCAAAGGAAGCCAUACGUGACAAAUUUCGUCACAUUCUCGAAAAAUACAACGUGGCUUGCAAAAAUGCAAAAAUAGGUAAAUGGGAAAGAGAUUCUCUGAUACUCCGAGACGCACGAGUCGUUGGCAUGACCACUACGGGCUUAAGCAAAUACCGCGCUCUUAUCUCUAGUCUCCGGCCAAAAAUCAUUUUGAUUGAGGAAGCAGCUGAGGUUCUCGAGGCUCCUGUGACCGCAGCAUGCAUGGAAUCGCUGCAGCAUCUUGUCUUAGUCGGAGAUCAUCAACAGCUCCGGGGAAGUUGUUCCAUGCAGGAGCUGGAGGGAAAGCCCUUCUACCUGAACAUCUCAAUGUUCGAGCGGUUUGUUCGGAACAAAAUGCCGUUCAAAAGAUUGACCAGCCAGAGGCGUAUGGCCCCGGAAAUUCGACGCAUUCUCUUGCCCAUUUACAAUGACUUGGAAGACCAUCAGAGUGUCUUAGCCCGCGGAGAUGUGCCUGGUAUGGGAGGAAUUAAUUCCUACUUCUUUACACAUGACUGGCCUGAAUCCCCAGAUAGCCUGUCUUCAAAAUACAACCAGAAAGAAGCACGGAUGAUUGUAGGCUUCUACGUCUACUUGCACAUGAACGGUGUUCCAUUAGGAAACAUCACCAUCCUGACAUUCUACAACGGGCAACGGAAACAUAUUCUCAAGUCAUUAAAAGAAAAUCAACUUUUUCAAGGCCAAUACACAAAGGUCGUCACCGUCGAUUCCUACCAAGGAGAAGAGAACGAAAUUGUGAUCCUCUCUUUGGUACGAAGCAAUGAAUCUGAUAGGAUUGGGUUCCUGGCAAAUGAGAAUCGUGUUUGCGUUGCGUUAUCUCGUGCCAAACGAGGCUUUUAUAUUUUCGGAAACGCUGAAUCUCUUGCUAUUGCUAAUGGCUUGUGGUGGCAAGUGUUACAAAUUAUGAGAAAAGCCCCCAAACGCCUGGGGUACUUUUUGCCCCUGAUGUGCAAAAAACAUGGGACCAAGACGUUGAUUAGUAAUCCAGAUGCUUGGUCAAGCAAUGACGGGGGCUGCGCUCAACGAUGCGGAGAGGAGCUGCAAUGCGGCCAUAAAUGCCCUCUGCUUUGUCAUGCUAUCCCUCAUUCCAAGCUACAAUGCCAAUUGAGCUGCGAUCCUGCUUCGCGGCAAGUGCUUACAAGUUUACCAAAAAAUCGCCCCAUAGCUCCUCGUGAAGCCGAUCUCCUCCCCCAACAAAGCGCUGAGGAGCGUGCUAUGCUUGCCAAACGGUAUCAAGUUUUUGCGUCUGGUGGUGCACAGAAAGAAGACGCUCGGCUUGCCAAAGAAGCGGAAAAGCUAGCACAGCAAGAAAACUUACAGAAAUUGGAUAAGGAAGCGUUCGCGGAUUUGUUUGGGGCCGAGGACUCGAAUAACCUCCUUACAACUAACGAAGAAGAAAAGCCAAAAGUGACUUCGGGCGGGAGCGGUGGUGGUCGAAAGAAAUACAUCCAGUUCUACUCCAACUCCCUCCCUAUCAUCAACAAAAACACCAACGAUGAGAGGAAGCCAUCCAGCCUACUCGAUUAA